GAGGCUGUGAGCGCAAAGUCAGUUCACUUUUGGUCGGUCUACCAGUGCAGGUCUCCAAUACACUCUUCCGUUUUAUGUAUAUCAGGACACUUAACAACUGAAUCAAUGUCUCCCUCGGUGUCCCCUAAUUUCUUCUCAGAAAAAGAGGUUGCCCGGCAUUGCACCAAGGACUCGUGUUGGGUAUUGUUAGGGACUCGGGUCUAUGAUGUGACAGGAUUCCUUCGAAUGCACCCUGGUGGGGAGGCUCUGAUUUUACGCCGCUCUGGGACGGACAUAAGCCGGGAGCUGGAGGGACCCCCACACCGCCACUCAGAGAACGCCAGGCGAUGGAUGGAGCAGUACUACAUCGGUGAAUUGGACAGAGACAGUACACAAGACAGACAGACACUGAGGGAGAGGAGGAAGGUUCCGGAGCACGUGAGGGAGGAAGAGGUUUCAGGCGCCAAUCUCUGCAGCAAAGUGGACCCUGAGACGGACCUGGUGGACUGGGAGAAGCCCCUGGCCUGGCAGGUGGGCCACCUGGGGGAGAACUACGACACCUGGGUGCACCAGCCCGUCGACCGGCCCAUCCGCCUCUUCGAGUCGCCUCUGAUGGAGGCCAGCACCAAGACCUCCUGGUACAUGGUGCCUAUUGUUUGGAUGCCACUGGUGUUCUAUCUGAGCUGGUACUGCUACAACAUCCUGGCACAGGAGAAGACCAGAUUUUCCCUCACAACAGAAUACACCUUCCUGGUGCACAGGUACUCUUUCCCGAUCUUAUUCAUGUUUGGGAUGUUCCUGUGGUCCUUCAUUGAGUACUGCAUCCAUCGCUUCGUGUUCCACAUGCGCCCGCCCGCCCACAACUAUUACCUCAUCACCCUGCACUUCCUGCUGCACGGGCAGCACCACAAGUCCCCAUUUGACGGCUCGCGGCUGGUCUUCCCGCCUGGAUUGGCCUCUCCGGUCAUCGCGGGAUUCUACCUGCUGAUUCGCCAGCUGUUCCCCGAGGGGGUGGGCCUGUCGAUCUUUGUGGGCGGGCUGUGUGGAUACGUGGUGUACGACAUGAUCCACUACUACCUGCACUACGGCGCCCCCCGGAAGGGCUCCUACAUGUACGGCCUCAAGGCCUACCACGUCAAGCACCACUUUGAGCACCAGACAGCCGGGUUUGGAAUCACCACCACAUUCUGGGACCACCCCUUCAACACUUUAAUCCCGGACGAGACCUUCGAUAAGAGUCAAUGACCAGAGGCGGCCCCCCCUCCCUGGCACGCCCCCUCCCUCUCCCAUCCCGCCCAACCGCUUCCACGCUCUUUGCUUUCCCCCUCGCGGUUAGGCCCGCCCUCCUGAUUCCACUUCCUGUCCCAACAGCCAAUCACAGCAGGGAAUUCUCCCGCCAAUUACACAGCCUGGGGGAGGGGCUAAUAUAUGUACAUUUAUUUAUUGAUUCGUUGAUUCAUUAAAAUGUCGAUGGAGAGUUUCUAAACAAAGAUGAAAAAGGGAAGCGAGAUUAAUAUGUUUAGACGUCACUUCCUGUUGUCUGUAACUUACACUAGUGGCCUGAGCAACACAGGAGAGAAGAUGGAGAGGGAGGAAGUGCAAGAGGGCCAGGGAACGUGGAAGAGAGAAAUUAUGAGAGAGAGAGAUAUAUAGAGAGUGAAUGAGAGAAUGGGAGCAAGAGGGAGUGAGUGCGAGAGAGCGAGUGAGAGAUAGAGGGAGAAAGAGAGAGAGAACUGUUAAGGUGCCCCCUUCCUUCCAUGGGCAGGUGUAAGCAUUGUGGCUGAAACCUCACCUUGUUAAUCACUUCAAAUCAGUGGACUUAUGGAGGAAGGGAGGUCACUACUUCAGAAUGUUUGGAAGGGGCCCUGCGAGGAGCCGUCCAGGCCAGUGCCUGAUAAAAAACCUUCACAUCUGAGUGGUGUGAGCGCUCUCUCCUUCUCUCUGCUGCCACUGCUGCUACUAAAGACCUGCUCCAUGUCUGUACACGUCUGUAUAUGUCUGUAUUUGUCUGUACACGUCUGGGUCUGUGUAUACGUCUGUACACGUCUGAGUAUACUUCUGUGCAAACCAGGCGAAGGAAAAAGGAUAGUGGUGUGCGUGUGUAUGUCUGUGUGGUUUUGCAUGUUCAGUGUGUUUGUAUGUGUGCAGGUGUGUCUGUGCUUGCGGGUUGCGAUGGAUACCUCAGAACCCAGAGAACAUGAAGCAGGGCCCGGCACUCCUUCCUGCAGAGGCGGGGCUUACGGACGGUACGGUGAGGGGAUCGGACACUAGGGGGCGCUGUUUCCGGCCCCCCCCCUGUGUCUUUAUUUCUCAUUGGUCCCCACGGCUCCUUUCUGGAUGAUGAUUGGCUCAUGAGUCCGACUGCAGGAGGAAGUCCCGCCGGCCCACAGCAGAUUUCUCUGCCCGCUUCUGACGGUUCAGUAACCCGUAGCAUCAGGUCCCCCCCCCCUCCCCCACCCAAAACUACCAGAACCGCAUCCCUUAACCACAGGUGUACCGCGCGUGACUCGCAAAAACCGCCAUGUGCCUUCGCUCUCUGCCUCUGCGUGGGGGGGGGGGGGGAGGUUCAGGGUCUGCUGGGUGGAGCCAGGCGUGAUGUGGGCGGGCUCAAACGGAGGCGGGGCUUAACUGGCAGGGGAGAGGCGGGGCAUCUGUGUUCAGGCCCCACCUUUCAGGGGAGGUUCUCUCAACACUAAAUUCAUAUUUUUGAUAUUCUCGCAAGCUUUCGGACCCCUAAAAACCCCCCACCUACUUAUUUGACAGCAGGGGAGUAGUCCCAGCCUCACCUCGGACCCCGCCCACGUUUCCCCCCGCCCAAUGGCUGCCUGCACUGCCUGAUGGUCCCCUCCCCCCACCCCAGACAGCAGCAGAGUCUGCUGUCAUGUUGGAGGAGCUGCUUUCUAGUCAAAUAAAAGUAUAUAUAUAAUACAUAAAUAUAUAUACAUACAAUAUGAAUAUACCAGCUUUACUGGAGACAAAUGCAUAAAGAGGUAUCCCUUUUAACUAAAUUAUGCUUAUAAUUUUUCUAAAUCUGUUUACUACAAGAUAUUUUUAAAACUAUUUCUUUUUGAAUUUUAAAUGUCUAUGCAAAACAAAAUGUAUUUGUAAAUAAAUGUGUGUAUAUUUCUGAA